UGCCAAGGUUUUAGGACAUGCGAGCGAUCGGCAAAGUUGGCCCUACUGGUUUUAGCUCUACCUACGACAGGCUGGGCUGAAGAAGUACGACAAAUGGUUGAAUGAGAAAAUGUACACGCUUUCAAAGGGUCCAAGUAAAUUUGUCGCCAAGGCCAGAAGAGUUGGACUCAGCCAAAAGAUCGAGCGACUGGACUCACGGGAUCAUUCUCGACGAACAGCUGAAUGCAACGGCAAUGGCGAUGAGAGCCAAAUUAUGAACCAACCGAAGCCGGUAUUUAAUAGUCUGAACAGAAAAUUUAUCAGCCAGAGAUCACAGCAAGAAGAAAUUACUCCGCAACAUGAGGAACUCGUCAACUUUGUCUAUGAUUCAUGGAACACGGUAUUCAAAGAAAUCGAGGCUGAAACCCCUGAUAAGAACCAAAACACAAAAGGCAACAUUGCCUUCUUCGAGAGCCCCGACGAAUGCCAAGAGCUCCAAGAUUUCAAGCCCUUUGACCUCGAGGGCUGGUGGGGCAAGCGACUGUUCAGCAAAAUCACCGAGUCGCUGUAAGCGUUGGGAGUGUGUGCUCAGUUUUGUGAUGCAGAGACACAAGCCGACACAUUACGGAGCUGUGACAUGAUUUUUCCGAAAGACUCACUAGUUGUUAUAUUCGCGAGUACCAUUCAUUAUUUGUUCAUUUGUCGAUCAUCAACAUGCCACCGGUAGUCGAUCCUCCAAGCACAAGGCCGCGAUCGCUUUCUGUCCGGAAGGCGCCUAAAAACUAUAUAUUUGAGUUCAAGUAGACACAGAAAGCAAUUCUCCACCGACAGCAGUGUCCAGUGGUAGAGGGCGAAGUAAGAAUAUUUUGAAAACCAAAGACUGUAUUGCGAAAUAUUGAAGAUAUUAUUUUAUAGAAAGAAAAGAAGCUAAACACACGACAUGUUCCUAAGGCCGAGGGUAGAUUGAAUGAGUUGUUACUAAUUGUUAUGGAUUUGCCUCUCGGAACGGAACAUUGCGCAGUUUUCAAAGGAUAUCUUCACUCUCUGUGAGCUCUCUUUUCGUUUUUCUUGCGACUUGCAGAGAUAUUCUCCGUGCUUACCUAAAUUCGGCUGAGCUUCCGCUUGUAUAGAUUUUGACAAACCAAUCUUGAGGCACCCGUUCUACAUUGUUUCGAUUGGUUUGUUUUAAUCCGAGUGGGAACCCUGACGAGCCGGCGAUAUAAAUAAAGAAAUGUAGUUCAAAGUGUCCGUAAAUGUAGUGAGAUGUGACAAUUUUGCGAUUAGGGUUUUUCUUUUGUUACAAAAGACAGGGAGUUUUAAUGAAAAUCAGGGCAGCUUGUGCUAAGCUAACUAGCAUAUCACCUCUUCUGUUAGUUGUUUUCUUAAUUAUUGCACAAAAAAUAAUGUUAUUUGUUAGUCACGACCGACUUGAAUGUGCGAUCAAAAUUCUUUUUAUGUACAAUUUAUUGUGUCGGUGAUAGAGCAGAAUUAAGUGACUAAUAAUAAGGACGGUUUCAAUCUCACUCAGUGUCAGUUAGCUCAAUUUGUUCUUUUAGAGGAAACAUUAUGCUUAUACCGUCGAUUUUUAUGUUCAAAGAUUGGGCCUUGGGAAGUUCAAAACUUUUUGACUGAAGCUCCAUCCGUAUUUUAUUUUUGUAUGUUGAUUUGAAUUUUUAAUUUAGUGUCGUAAAUUGAGCUUUGGUCAAGAAGUUUGGAGGGCUUUCCAGGUAGUUAAGUGUCAAUCAAGAGUGACUAGUUGCAUUUCUCGUCAGAGUAGUACAUUAAUAGUUCAUAAACAAAUAUAUCUGGCGGCCACUGAUAGUCAGGGGGGCUCUUUUUGAGAGCCCUGGUCGGGCAGUCGUGACCGCCUGCUGCCAGGCAAGCCGUCUCUCGUUGAAGACGAGCAAGUCACUGGUGGUGCAUUGUUAUUUUUUGUGAAUUUCUAAUAAAUCAGAAAGCCUCGGGCUUUAAAAAAAAAAUACGAAAAUUUGUUUUA